CUAGUCUACUCCUCGUUCGUCUUCGUCUUCUUCCUGCCAUUCUUCCUCCCCACUCCUCCUCCUCCCUUACCCCCCCCGUCUCGUCUUCUUACGCUCUUCUCUUUUCCUACCUUUGACUUUCGACUUCCGUCUUGCUUCCUCGUAGCAAGAGUCAUUCGUUUUGUCACCAUUCUCCCGGCCGACUGUCGCAUCUCCCUUAUCUGUGACCGACUCCCUCCCGCCUUCGCCGUACCUUUGCGAUCGCAACAUUCCGCUUUUGUGCAUACAUUCAACUGCUGACAACGAUCGCUACACCUUUGCUCCCCUUAUCUGAGUUGGCCAUGCUGCUCAGAUCAUUUACUCAUUUAUAACUCUAAUCAUAAUACUCUUGUCGCGAUCCCCAUGGGCAAAUGGCGCUAUGGAGUCGUCCUGGACGCAGGCUCGUCCGGGACCCGCGUCCACGUUUAUCGAUGGUUAGACAACGCCGUCGCUCGCAAAGAGGCUGAUGGCGAUAAACUCAAGUCGCUCCCGGAGAUCAAAACAAAAUCCCACUGGACGAAGAAAAUACACCCAGGAGUAUCUUCCUUCGCCAACACACCGGAAGAUGUAGGCCACAAGCAUCUUGCGGAGCUCCUCGAUCAUGCCCGCGAAAUUGUACCGGACGAUUCCCACAAAGACACCCCGAUCUUCCUUCUCGCCACCGCUGGUAUGCGCCUGCUAGGUGAUGUCGAACGAAAUGUAUUACUUGAGCAGAUCUGCUCCUACGUUGGCGCCAACUCGGACUUCAUGCUUCCCGACUGCGGUGUUCAUAUUCAGGUUAUUCCUGGGGUGACCGAAGGUCUGUAUGGGUGGAUCGCCACGAAUUACCUCCUGGGGAGCUUCGAUUCGCCAGGAGCCCACGACCACGGCAAGGGUCACCAUACCUACGGCUUUCUGGACAUGGGUGGCGCAUCGGCACAGAUCGCAUUUGCGCCCAACGCGACAGAGACUGAGAAACACGCAAAUGAUCUGACAUUACUGCGGCUGCGCAACAUUGACGGAUCGGACCAGGAACACCGCGUGUUCGUUACCUCCUGGUUGGAGUUUGGGGUGCACGAGGCUCGGAGACGCUUCGUGGAGUCCUUACAGGCGGCAAGUGCUGUUCCCGAUGCCACGGAACUUCCGGAUCCCUGUCUACCUGCAGGAUUGCGUACCACGCUAGAUGGUAAGCCAUUUGCGCCGGAGGAUGACACCAUUCAUCUGCUGGGAACUGGCAAGUUCGAUGAGUGCUUGCGCCAGACGUAUCCUCUACUUGACAAGGAUGCGCCUUGUCCGGACCAACCUUGUCUCCUUCGUGGGGUACAUGUACCAGCUAUCGACUUUGAUGUGAACCAUUUCGUUGGCAUCAGCGAAUACUGGCAUACGACUCACGAGAUAUUUGAGAUGGGCCAUAAAGAUAAAGCGUACGACUUCCAUACCUACCAAGAUCGCGUGCAAUCCUUCUGCUCUCAGGAUUGGUCGAGCAUCGAGACCGGUCUUGAGAACCAUCAAUGGGGAAAGAAGGUUGAUCGAGAAUCGGCCUCCGAGGUUUGCUUCAAGGCGUCAUGGAUCAUCAAUGUGUUGCAUGACGGCAUCGGAAUCCCUCGUGUGGGCUUGGACGCGAUGAAAAGUUCAAGCCACAACGGAACCAAGGAGGUGCUGUCUCACGGUCAAAGCAAGGGCUUCCUGGACUCGUUCCAGGCAACCAAAAAGAUCGAGGACACAGAAGUGAGCUGGACUCUCGGAAAGAUGGUCCUGUAUGCGUCCUCACAGAUUCCUAUCGAAUCUCAAGAGGCACUUCCCGUUGGGUUUGGCAGCAAUGUUGCCGGGGUCCCUAGUGACUUUCAGUACCCAAGCGCCGAGUUGUUACCUGAUCCCGAAGGAACGCAUAACGGAUCAUGGCGCGAUGCCAUGCUCGAGGGAAGCUCAUCCCGCAGAGUGCCCGGUCUCAUUUUGUUCCUUCUUAUCCUAGUCGUGGCUGCAUUCUUCCUCUGCGGACGCAGCCGCCGACUCAAACUUUACCACAAGGUUCACAAUUUUUUUGGCGGAGGCGGCCCCUCCCGUCCCAGCUAUCCAAAGAAGCGGAGGUUCCUCGGCGGCAAGUUGCCUUUCUUUGGCCCGAGAAGUCCUACCUACGAGCGCGUCCUUGAAGAUGGCGCUGUCGCCUAUGAUCUUGGUGAGACCGCGUCUAGUCGCAGUUCUUUCGAUGGGGGCCGCCCAUCAGAAGCGGACUCGUCGAAAUUCCCAGCGCCGAAGCGGGCAUCGAGCUGGGGAAGCGGUAGCAACACACCUACGUUCAAGUAUGCGUUGGACAACUCAUCUUCGGUGACCAUUGGGCUCGGGAUCACUCCGAGUCCGGGUGUCUCAGCAAUGGAUCGACAUGGUCUGGUGGUGAGGACAGAGAGUAGGGAUCACCUGGCACCGGUGGCACUGGGUCCGACCACAAAUGGACGCCGGUCCCGGGCUGGCAGUCCUUCCCGAUCUCAUCCCAACAAGUCGCCAGUCAUGACCCCUCUCACCGAUGAAUGAUUAUCUGUAUGAUUACGUUUAUGCCAUCGUGUUGCAUUUUCAGGAGUUGGUGUUCGUGCAGCCAGACUAGGGUUGGUUCUUGGUAUGAUCUUGUCGGAGCAUGUGCUCUGGCGUACAUAGUUACUGUUCAAAAUAUCUGUCGAAUUAGACCUAGCCAACUUAGUUAUGCCAGGUGUCAAAUUCACUUAAUGAAACAUUCUAG